AAGUAGGCGAACGAUACGAGGUUAUAAAACAGAGCACUAGUUAAACUCAUCUCUCACAUUUUCAAACUAUAACUAUCAGAGAGGAAGAAGAAAAUAUGGGUAGUUCUGAUCAAUCCUCGUCGCACAACGUCUUCGUCUACGGCAGUUUCCAAGAACCAGCCGUCGUGGGUUUGAUCCUCGAAUGCACUCCGGUCAUUGUCUCCGCUCAACUCCACGGCUUUUACAGGUAUAGACUCAAAGGGCGUUUGCAUCCUUGUAUUGCUCCUCUUGAGACCGGAGUCAUCAACGGCAAGGUACUAACUGGAUUAACAGAUGCUCAGCUAGAGAAUUUAGAUAUGAUUGAAGGAGAUGAGUAUGUGAGGAAGACUGUUGAGGUUGUAUUGACUGACACAUCCGAGAAGAUGCAAGUGGAAGCCUUUAUAUGGGCUAACAAGGAUGAUCCUGACAUGUAUGGAGAAUGGGAUUUCGAGGAAUGGAAGAAGCUUCACAUGGAAAAGUUCAUAGAGGCGUCAGCGAAGUUCAUCGAAUGGAAGAAGAAUCCAAAUGGGAGAUCAAGGGAAGAGUUUGCCAAAUUUGUAGAAGAAGAUCCGCCCGUGGCUUGAAGAAUGCGUCUCCCUUUAUCUUCUUUAAUUCCAAAUAAAUCAGUGUCACCAAUAAAUGAUUUGUGAGUUAGAAACACAAAUAAGAUCUCAUAUUGUAUCUUAUAUUGUAUCUCAUAUUGUAUUAUCUACUCUAUUAAAAUAGAAGUACAAAAAACUUAUUGCCUUUUUUUAACU